AUGAAAUUGACAAAUUUAUUGACCAAGCAGGCAGCUGCUUGGAUGAAAACAAUGGAAAAAAAUUUGGUAAUAUCAAAUGAGAAGUGUCUAGUUUCAGAUAUAAAAAAUUAUUUCAACCAAACUAAUACAAUUGAUGAUCCAAGUAAUCUUAUUGAGUUUAAAAAGUUAAAUGCUUCAUCAUUAGACAU